AUGGUCGCGUUCAUCAAGCUCUUCGUGUCGUCUUUGCUGCUGGCCUCGUCGGCGUAUGCUGGUCCCGUUCGUUCCGUGGAGAGCGCGUUAGUGUUUCCCCCGGUCAUCAACAAGGGAUUGUUAUGCAAAAUUCCAAUCCUCAGGGCCAUCCUCUGUCCUCGGGAUAGCACCCAGACAGUCUCCGUCUCGACCCCGCUCGGCUCUGCCACGGGCGUCAUGGACACCACCACUGCAGCUCGCUAUUCAGUCAAGUAUGGAUCGGCGAGCAGGUGGAAAUCCUCUUCGGUGGUAACUACAUGGGCGCUUCCAAAUGGGAACACCGACCCCUCUUCAACGCCGCUCGGAUGCCCUCAGUCAGACGCUGAUGCAUCCAGCUACUCGGAGGAUUGCCUGUCGAUGAUUCUCUAUGUACCGACCUCUGCGUUGACCACUAAGAAUCUACCGGUUAUGAUGUGGAUCCACGGUGGAUCAUUCGUCGCUGGUUCAGCUACCAAUCAGGGCCUGGACGGAUCUCAACUCGCGGCUGCGACGAACUCGAUCGUUGCUGUUGUCCAAUACCGUCUUGGCGCUCUUGGUUUCAUGGCUCCGUCGGGGGCCACGAACCUCGCUGUCGGCGAUGUCAUCACGUCCCUCAAAUUCUUGCAGAAGAUUGUACCCAGCUUCGGCGGCAGCGCUUCGAAAAUCACCCUCGCUGGCCAGAGUUCUGGCGCGAAUAUGAUUCGAGCUUUGCUUGCUGUACCCUCUGCAUCGUCGUUAUUCACGCAAGCCAUCAUCCAGUCCGAUCCUAUGGACUAUGGCUUCCUGUCGACGACUACUCAGUCUGAGAUGCAGAGCUACUUCAACGGUCUGCUUCCUUGUGCUGCUUCCAACACAACGUGCCUCAACGCGCUAAGCUUGGACACGAUUUUGGAUGCUCAAGGAAACUUGAUGGACGAUGCCUCGAGCAUUGGGGAUGGAUCUGCAGGCAUAGCAGAACCUAUCCGUCCGGUCCGCGAUGGCUCCCUUAUUACGUCCCCCUUGGACUCCACGGCUGCCUUCCCCUCUCAGUCGAAGAACAUACUCAUAUCGACCGUUCUGAACGAGGCUGCGUUCACCAUCUACGGCAACUUCCAGGACCCUGUCCCUGAAGACGAAUUUGACCUGGUCCUCUCUGGCACUUUCGACGAGACCCAGACGAAUGAUAUCAUCGAUUCUCAAAAAUACGCCGUCCCUGCAGGUGUCGCACAGAGCACCGUCGAUGCCCGCACGCAACUAGAAACCCUCGGCACGGAUUAUAUCUGGAAAUGUUCCAGCUGGACGUUCGCUCGCAACUGGGUGUCUGCCGGUGGCAAGGCGUUUGUUGGUCUGUACAACGUCGGCGCGUCGUAUCCAGGCAACUCCGACGUGAGUUUCUGCACGGAACCCGGAGUCGUCUGCCACCAGGACGACAUCGAGAUAGUGUUCGGAACCGUGCCUUCGCCCACGUCUGCUCAGUCCGCAUUGAUAAAGGAAAUGCAAGCUCGCUACAAGGCAUUCCUCAACAACGGCAACCCUAACGUCUCUGGCUACGAGACGUGGACGGCCGCUGGCACCAGCGACGUCCACGCCAAGAAUCUCGGCGCCACUGGUGAAGCUGAGGUCGGCAACUGCGAUCCUAGCUACUGGGGCGAGGCCGUCCAAUAUGACUACCAAGUCUUCGGCAUUUAG